CAUAUCCACACGUCCCCGCUGUCCCCAGCACGCAGAGCCGCUACCUUUCAGGCGGAAUGGACGAAUUCUCUAGUGAUCCCAAUUUCAUCCUCAGUCCGGCGGAGCUGCGGGAUAAACCAGGCCCGACAUGACAGCGUCGGCACGGGAAAAGAAAACCCGUCAGCAGUCACGGGUGACGGUCCGUCCGGAGGCAGUGUGGGUUGCGGGUCGCUAUAUCGUGCUGGCCGCUCUGUGUGUCCUAUGCUAUAGCAACUCUCUCCGUGGGGAGUUAGUGCAUGACGAUGUGUGGGCUAUCAUCAACAAUCCGGACGUCCGACCGGGCUCCAGCCUCAGAAACAUCUUAAGCAACGACUUCUGGGGCAAAAGGAUGGCGGACAACACGAGCCACAAGUCUUACAGACCUCUGUGCAUCCUCACCUUCAAGUUGAACAUCCUGCUGGGCGGUAUGACACCUCUGUACUUCCACAUUGUCAACAUGUGUUUGCACUGCGCCGUAACCUGCCUGCUCAUGUACACAUGUCAGCGCUGUGUGUUUGAAAACAAUCGCCUGGCCUUCAUCACAGCGCUUCUCUUCGCUGUGCAUCCUAUCCACACCGAGGCUGUGUCUGGUAUCGUGGGCAGAGCUGACGUCUUGGCAUGUCUACUGUUCUUGCUGACGUUCCUCUCCUAUAUUAGGAGUGUGAGCGGGUGUGUCUCUGAGGACUCUCUGCCCUUCACAGCGUCGCCGUAUUCCCUGUUCUUCAGUUUGUUACUGGGUACCAGUGCCAUGCUGGUGAAGGAAACGGGCAUCACGGUGUUUGGAGUGUGCUUGAUCUAUGAUGCCCUGGUGCUCUGCCGCAAGCCUCUCGUUUAUCACCUGUCUGGUUCCAGACUCAGGGAGCUCCUCUACAUCUGUAGUCCCUUCAUCAAACGAGCCUCCCUCACGUCUGGCUACGUGGUCAUCAUCAUGUCUGUCAGGCUUUGGCUGAUGGGAGGAUCCAUGCCGCUUUUUUCUGAACAAGAUAACCCCGCCUCCUUCUCACCUCAUUUUCUCACCAGGUUUUUAACCUACUCAUACCUGCUGCCCUUUAAUGCCUGGCUGCUGCUGGCCCCCAUCAUGCUGUGUUAUGAUUGGCAGGUGGGCAGCAUUCCCCUGGUGGAAUCGCUGGGUGAUGUGCGCAAUGUGGCUACUUUGCUGCUGGCUGUGGUGAUGAUCACUCUCUGCCUGCACUGCACCUCUGCACUACAGAAGCAAGAUAGUAGGGAGGUGUUGGUGGGAUUAUUGUUUCUGGUGUUUCCCUUCAUUCCUGCCAGUAACCUUUUCUUCAGGGUUGGAUUUGUCGUGGCUGAGAGGGUUCUCUACAUGCCAAGUAUGGGUUACUGUAUCCUGGGGGCUCAUGGACUUGGUCGGCUGUGUUCGUUGGUGGGCCGUUGGGGCACCACAGUCCUUAGUGUGUCGAUGCUGCUACUGGUCCUGCUCUUCUCAUGGAAGACCGUCCAUCAGAACAACGUGUGGCUCUCCAGGGAGGCCCUGUUCCUUUCUGGUAUCCAGACUCUGCCUCACAAUGCCAAAGUCCACUACAACUAUGCCAACUUCCUGAAAGACACCAGGAGGCACCAGGAGGCGAUUCACCACUAUAACAUUGCCCUCAGGAUGCAGCAGUCUGUCACUGAAGGAGCUCUCCAGCUCAGCAACAGCUCCUCUGCUUACCUGACAGAGGGUUUCCGGUACCCCCGGCCCUACUCGGUUCCGCCCUCUCCAUCUGCUUCUAUCCAUUCCACCCCACACCACAGUGAUGUGGAGGAUGAAGAUGAACCCUACGAUGAAGAUGAGGAGGCUGAAAGGGACCGGAUGAACAUCAAGUCACCAUUUGUGCUGGGAACUGUGCCAGAUGGCAAGAAGGAGCAACCACAGGAGUCAAGAAACUGA